GGUGCAGGGCAGGGUGCUGGCCAGGGAAGCGGCUAUGGCCUGGGAAGCGGCUAUGGCCAGGGUGCAGGAGCUGGACAGGGAAGUGGCGCAGGAGCUGGACAGGGAAGCGGCUAUGGCCAGGGCGCUGGAGCAGGACAGGGAAGCGGCUAUGGCCAGGGCGCUGGAGCAGGACAGGGAAGCGGCUAUGGCCAGGGCGCAGGAGCUGGACAGGGAAGCGGCUAUGGCCAGGGCGCAGGAGCUGGACAGGGAAGCGGCUAUGGCCAGGGCGCAGGAGCUGGACAGGGAAGCGGCUAUGGCCAGGGCGCAGGAGCUGGACAGGGAAGCGGCUAUGGCCAGGGCGCAGGAGCUGGACAGGGAAGCGGCGCUGGAGCGGGACAGGGAAGCGGCACUGGCCAGGGCGCUGGAGCAGGACAGGGAAGCGGCACUGGAGCAGGAGCAGGACAGGGAAGUGGCUAUGGCCAGGGCGCAGGAGCAGGACAGGGAAGCGGCGCAGGAGCAGGACAGGGAAGCGGCGCAGGAGCAGGACAGGGAAGCGGCGCAGGAGCUGGACAGGGAAGCGGCUAUGGCCAGGGCACAGGAGCAGGACAGGGAAGCGGCGCUGGAGCAGGAGCAGGACAGGGAAGCGGCGCAGGAGCUGGACAGGGAAGCGGCGCUGGAGCAGGAGCAGGACAGGGAAGCGGCGCUGGCCAGGGCGCUGGAGCAGGAGCCGGACAGGGAAGUGGCGCUGGGGCAGGAGCAGGACAGGGAAGCGGCUAUGGCCAGGGCGCAGGAGCUGGACAGGGAAGCGUCUAUGGCCAGGGCGCUGGAGCAGGACAGGGAAGCGGCGCUUGCCAGGGCGCUGGAGCCGGACAGGGAAGCGGCGCUGGGGCAGGACAGGGAAGCGGCGCUGGAGCAGGAGCAGGACAGGGAAGCGGCGCUGGCCAGGGCGCUGGAGCAGGAGCAGGACAGGGAAGCGGCUAUGGCCAGGGCGCAGAAGCUGGACAGGGAAGCGGCGCUGGAGCAGGAGCAGGACACGGAAGCGGCACUGGAGCAGGACAGGGAAGCGGCGCUGGCCAGGGCGCUGGAGCAGGACAGGGAAGCGGCGCUGGCCAGGGCGCUGGAGCAGGACAGGGAAGCGGCUAUGGCCAGGGCGCUGGAGCAGGACAGGGAAGCGGCUUUGGCCAGGGCGCUGGAGCAGGACAGGGAAGCGGCGCUGGAGCAGGACAGGGAAGCGGCGCUGGAGCAGGACAGGGAAGCGGCGCUGGAGCAGGACAGGGAAGCGGCGCUGGAGCAGGACAGGGAAGCGGCUAUGGCCAGGGCGCUGGAGCAGGACAGGGAAGCGGCGCUGGAGCAGGACAGGGAAGCGGCUAUGGCCAGGGCGCUGGAGCAGGACAGGGAAGCAGCGCUGGGGCAGGACAGGGAAGCGGCGCUGGAGCAGGACAGGGAAGCGGCGCUGGAGCAGGACAGGGAAGCGGCGCUGGAGCAGGACAGGGAAGCGGCGCUGGAGCAGGACAGGGAAGCGGCGCUGGAGCAGGACAGGGAAGCGGCGCUGGAGCAGGAGCAGGACAGGGAAGCGGCGCUGGCCAGGGCGCUGGAGCAGGAGCCGGACAGGGAAGUGGCGCUGGGGCAGGAGCAGGACAGGGAAGCGGCGCUGGGGCAGGAGCCGGACAGGGAAGCGGCGCUGGGGCAGGAGCCGGACAGGGAAGCGACGCUGGGGCAGGAGCCGGACAGGGAAGCGGCGCUGGGGCAGGAGCCGGACAGGGAAGCGGCGCUGGAGCAGGAGCCGGACAGGGAAGCGGCGCUGGAGCAGGACAGGGAAGCGGCGCUGGAGCAGGACAGGGAAGCGGCGCUGGAGCAGGACAGGGAAGCGGCGCUGGAGCAGGAGCAGGACAGGGAAGCGGCGCUGGCCAGGGCGCUGGAGCAGGAGCCGGACAGGGAAGUGGCGCUGGAGCAGGAGCAGGACAGGGAAGCGGCGCUGGGGCAGGAGCCGGACAGGGAAGCGGCGCUGGGGCAGGAGCCGGACAGGGAAGCGGCGCUGGGGCAGGAGCCGGACAGGGAAGCGGCGCUGGGGCAGGAGCCGGACAGGGAAGCGGCGCUGGGGCAGGAGCCGGACAGGGAAGCGGCGCUGGCCAGGGUGCUGGAACAGGAGCAGGACAGGGAAGCGGCUAUGGCCAGGGCGCAGAAGCUGGACAGGGAAGCGGCGCUGGAGCAGGAGCAGGACACGGAAGCGGCACUGGAGCAGGACAGGGAAGCGGCGCUGGCCAGGGCGCUGGAGCAGGACAGGGAAGCGGCGCUGGCCAGGGCGCUGGAGCAGGACAGGGAAGCGGCUAUGGCCAGGGCGCUGGAGCAGGACAGGGAAGCGGCUUUGGCCAGGGCGCUGGAGCAGGACAGGGAAGCGGCGCUGGAGCAGGACAGGGAAGCGGCGCUGGAGCAGGACAGGGAAGCGGCGCUGGAGCAGGACAGGGAAGCGGCUAUGGCCAGGGCGCUGGAGCAGGACAGGGAAGCGGCUAUGGCCAGGGCGCUGGAGCAGGACAGGGAAGCGGCGCUGGAGCAGGACAGGGAAGCGGCUAUGGCCAGGGCGCUGGAGCAGGACAGGGAAGCGGCGCUGGGGCAGGAGCCGGACAGGGAAGUGGCGCUGGAGCAGGACAGGGAAGCGGCGCUGGCCAGGGUGCUGGAGCAGGAGCAGGACAGGGAAGUGGCGCAGGAGCAGGACAGGGAAGUGGCGCUGGGGCAGGACAGGGAAGCGGCUAUGGCCAGGGCGCAGGAGCUGGACAGGGAAGCGUCUAUGGCCAGGGCGCUGGAGCAGGACAGGGAAGCGGCGCUUGCCAGGGCGCUGGAGCCGGACAGGGAAGCGGCGCUGGGGCAGGAGCCGGACAGGGAAGUGGCGCUGGGGCAGGAGCCGGACAGGGAAGCAGCGCUGGGGCAGGAGCCGGACAGGGAAGCGGCGCUGGCCAGGGUGCUGGAACAGGAGCAGGACAGGGAAGUGGCGCUGGAGCAGGAGCCGGACAGGGAAGUGGCGCAGGAGCUGGACAGGGAAGCGGCGCUGGAGCAGGAGCAGGACACGGAAGCGGCACUGGAGCAGGACAGGGAAGCGGUGCUGGCCAGGGCGCUGGAGCAGGACAGGGAAGCGGCGCUGGCCAGGGCGCUGGAGCAGGACAGGGAAGCGGCUAUGGCCAGGGCGCUGGAGCAGGAUAGGGAAGCGGCUAUGGCCAGGGCGCUGGAGCAGGACAGGGAAGCGGCGCUGGAGCAGGACAGGGAAGCGGCUAUGGCCAGGGCGCUGGAGCAGGACAGGGAAGCGGCGCUGGAGCAGGACAGGGAAGCGGCUAUGGCCAGGGUGCUGGAGCAGGACAGGGAAGCGGCUAUGGCCAGGGCGCUGGAGCAGGACAGGGAAGCGGCGCUGGAGCAGGACAGGGAAGCGGCUAUGGCCAGGGCGCUGGAGCAGGAGCAGGACAGGGAAGUGGUCAAGGGAAGUGUCGGGGAUGUGGCAAAGGUCAAUGUCGCCUUUAGGGACAUGUUCAUGGGAAUUUUGCAUAAUACUUUCUGGGGAUCUUUUCCAAUGCUUUUGUUCAGAUGUCAUGUUUUCCCUGUUUGCUCAAACUGUUUAGAAAGAUUUUCUGACUCUCUCUACCACUACACUCUCAGAAAAAAAAGUACAAAACGGUACCUUUAAGGAACAAAAUCUUGUCACUGGGGUGGUACCCUCAAAGGUACAUUAUUGUACCUUGAGUCAGAGGAGCAAAUUUGUACCUUACUUUUUUGUACCUUCUAAGGGCCAAUACUGUACCUUUGAGGAUCAAUAAUGUACCUUAGACAAAGGUACAAUAAAGUACCUCUGGAAAAAGGUACAAUUUUGUCCCAUUAAGGUACCACCCCAGUGACAAAGCCAUUUUGUACCUUUAGGUGGCAAAAAAGUUCCUUUUUAUUCCCUAAGGAGUGAAAGAAAAUGAAGGCAAACAACAACUAACUGCAUUUUAAGACAUUUAUUUUAGUCCUUAAAUGGAAAACAGUUUAAUUCACAGAUUCAAUAAUAAUUCAUCUCACAACCAUACAAUGUAACAACCCAAAAUAAAAUGUAACAAUGUUUAGGAUGUCAUGUCUGAUAUAAAAACAUUAAAAAUAAUUUAUUACAUUUUUUUAAGAAGCAUUUCACUGACAAACUGACAACUUACUGCCACUCCAAAAACAAAAUGAACAGCGAUAUCAGAGAAUAAAUACAAUGGAACCAUUUAUAUUUUCCUUCUUUCAAUUUCAUGAACAUCACUAAUAAGAAC